CAAAACACCGCUGACCAAUCGCAGCCUGCGAUCCAGUCGCGCAACAGGCUCCCGCCAAUUCUGAGCGGGGGAACUCGAGGGAGUCUGACCGGGGAAGAGACGGGAACGACGGGACCGGGAUUACACACGAAAAAAACACAACCUACAACUCUAAAACGAACAGAAACCCAGCGAAUUCGCCGUUGACACGUUAAUGUUAUACCUGGAAAAGACGUGGAGUCGAUGACUAGCCUGAAGGAGCUGUGUACGGAGUCCAAAAAAGCGCUCCCCGUUUCCGUUUAACGUUUCCAGCGCGAGCGCGGAUGGUGGUCGUGAUGCUCUCGGGCGAAGAGCCUUUGGCCUCCACACCACGAAGAGGCAUGGAUUGUGUGGGCAAAGCUAAUGCCAGCAAGAAGCUCGUUCAAGCACGUCUACCUUUCAAAAGGCUCAACCCAGAACCCAAGGAAUGCAAUGAGCCCAAAAGAACCAAAGGUCCGGUUGCCCCCAAGUCUUCUGAACCCAGUGCGUCAGAUGGAGAAAAUUAUAUGGACAACUCCUCCACCCCACUGCAUCAUGGCCCGGCGCUGGUAAAUGGCCGCGGACCACUUGAUUGCUUUAUGAGCAAGCAGAAGCGUUCCCCGGCCCGCUCUGGCCCUGAAGCCACAAUCGACCUUGCUGAAGACUCAAAUGAUGCUGUCAAACAGCAGCCUGAACCUCCAGUUGCUGCCACCUGCCCCCUUAGCGAAGAAACAACAAAGAAUGCAGAACAUGCCACAAAAUCUACAGAACCAACCAUGCCACUGACAAAUAAAGAGACGGAGAAGGACGAAGAUGCCCUUCCACUGCUGGACAUCACUCAGGAUUCUGACACAGAGGAAGAGGAGCAGCAGGAGACUGAAGUUAGUCACGGGAAUGAGUCUGUGCUAUCGACUAGCUCUACCAGCUCACUCUCAGUGGUAGAGAGCUCACCAGAGCCCAGCAAGAGCGCUCCCACCACCCCUGCCUCUACGUCACCGAUUGAUGCAGCUAGUAAAAUGAAGAGAAGAUCCCUUAAGAGUGUCCAAGAGCAGGAAGAGAAGCGGCGACGAAACGAAGAGAAAGAGCACCAGAAAGAGGAGGCCAAAGCUGCCAAGGAGAGGAAGAAAGAGGAGGCCCGCAAACUGAAGGAAGAGAAGGAGAGGGAGAAGAAAGAAAAGAAGGAGAAAGAUGAAAAAGAGCGGCGGGAGAAAAAGGAGAGAGAGGAGAAAGAAAAGGCAGAUAAACUAAGAGCUAAAGAAGAGCAGCGGCAAAUGAAAAUUGAAGCCAAACUAGAAGAGAAAAGGAAGAAAGAGGAGGAAAAACGGUUGAAGGAAGAGAAAGAACGAAUCAAAGCUGAGAAGGCUGAGAUUACACGGUUUCUACAGAAGGCCAAGACCCAGUUGGCACCAAAGACUCUGGCGUCUGCCUGUGGGAAGUUUGCUCCUUUUGAGAUUAAGGCGAACAUGUCUCUAGCUCCACUGACUCGGGUACAAUGUGAAGAUGCUGUUCUAGAGGAACUGGACCGUUAUCUUGCCCAACCUGACAGCACUCUAAAUGGACUGAAAGACUGGACUAAGCACAAACCUCGCAGUUCAGGUCCAACCAGGCCCAGUCACAGUGCAGUAAGAGAUUGUGUGGUCAUAACUGACAGCCAAAAGGCAGAUGACAUCCCAGACCGUCACCGUUAUGGCCGCAUGAAACUCCUGCACUUCCAUGACAACUAUCGUCCAGCUUACUGGGGGACCUGGUGCAAAAAGAGCACUCACAUUUCUCCACGCUGCCCACUUAGACAGGACAAGGAGUUGCUGGAUUAUGAGGUGGACAGUGAUGAAGAGUGGGAGGAAGAGGAGCCAGGAGAGUCUCUGUCACACAGUGAGGGGGAUGAUGACGAUGAAGGAGGAGAUGAUGACGACGAUGAUGAUGGGUUCUUUGUGCCCCACGGUUAUCUGUCUGAAGGAGAAGGAGCACUUGAGGAAGAUGAGGAGGGUGGAGAUCCAGAGAAGCAGAAAGUGCGUCAGAGGAUGAAGGCUCGUGAAUGGGAGCAUGAGCUGAUGUCUAAAGGGAAGGUGAAGGUGUUGGAGGCAGUGGUACGCGGCUGCCUGUGGGAUGGGGAAGAGCCUGCGUUGGACCUCCUGCAACCGUACGCUAUCUGCAUGCUUGAGCCUUUACCCAGAAACGAGCCCUGCACCCCUGAACAGGAACUCUCACGCCAACAGAGGAAUGAGAAACUGCUGUCACAGCUGCUGCCAUUGCUGCAUGGGAAUGUGAACAGCAGUAAGGUCAUAAUCAACGAGUUCCUGGAGUUCUGUCGCCAGCAAGCUUCCUCACCCACAGAAAGCCCUCAGAGUUUUACUGACAGCGUCCCACCCAGGAUCCACGUCAGGCGUAUCAUAAAGGAGCACGCCAUGUACAAAAAGCGCUCCACUUACAGACGAUGCUGCUGGUAUGUGCAUCCAGAAGUUCUGGCCCGUCAUUCUCAGGAGGCCUUGCCCGUUCCCUGCCAGUGGACCUACCUCACCUCCGGCACUCAGAUCACCCGCGACGAGCACGCCGGCUCACAGGGCAAUUCGCCCACUGCGUCCAGCUCCACCACACCCUCCAACAAGAGGAAAAGCGCCAGCAGCCACUCCAUCACGAAGUACAUGAAGAAAUGUGGCGACUCCGAACAGACUGAGGCCAUGGAGACCGAUGGCUUCCAAGCAGACACUGAAGAUGAUGAAGACGAUGAUUGUAUCAUCAUUGGGGAACAAUCUGGAUCCUCUGAACAGGAUGCCAACACGUCCUUGCAACAAACCGAGGGGGAAACGGAACCCAUGGACACAAAUGCAUCCGAAACUGCUGCUCUUGCCCUACCCUGCCUCACCCCAGCUACCGCCUGAGAUCUGACCCCUUCCUGUUGGGUUUGCAUGCACGUGAACCAGACGCUCAAAAUCUGAUCUUCAGUUCGAAGGAUCACACAGUAUUAAAGGUCCCCAGAAUGAAUAAUUUGUCUCCUCUUCUUUAAGUGGAGGUCUGCUAGAUGGUGUACCGUUCUUCUUUAUAGGUGAGGUCCCACUUUUUGAAAGCUCUGCUGGUACAUUCAUCAGCUCUGACACCAAUCAGGAGGUUGAUGCUCUCUGCUGGGCUCAGUGCUCGGCACCUUGUUUUAAAUCCUUUUUUUUUUUUUCAUUCAGAAUACUUGAACUGGUGUAUGUCUUUCAAAAAUAAUGACAAUUGAAAUAUAUUGCACUUUUAUAUUCCAUUUCUGUUUCUUUCUUUCUUCUACCCCCAUCAUAACUUCUUUAGCCCACCAGAAGUCUUUCCCUUGUUUUCUUUUCCAAGAGGCUUUGUAUAAAAACUGCAUUGCCCAGGCUACCAUACGUGGUGUAAAUACUGUUUUUGGUUUUUUGAAAAAUGGUGUAGAAACUAAAAUAGUAGGUGGCCGUCCAAUAUGGGGAAAAAACAGCAGCAUUGGCGUUUCUUUUGGCGAAGUGUUUUCUUGUCUCGAAAGCCAAGUGUUUUCUUAAUUGUCUCGAAUAAACUGCACCGUAGUUUGCAGUUGUAAUGGGUUUCCUACAACGCUUGUUUAAAUAAAGCAUUAUUUAAAAAUGAACAACUUUUAAUAUGUUGUUAACGAACGUUUUUCUUCCAAGUGAUCACAUGGCGUUUGGUUUCUUUCACAUACACUCAUCUGACAAUGCAUUUUAUUUCAUACAUUACAUCAAAUGCAAUAGAACAACAUUUUAUACUUGACAAAAUAGUGUAAAAUACAAGCACUGAUCAUUUUUAAAAUAGCAUGGUUUAAUAAAGAAACAAGCGCGUGACACUGAUCUUCUGCAACGGAAUCAGUCUAAUACCCAAAGUAUUCACCUUGUUUUUAACAUACAAUUGGGUGCACUUUUAACUUGACUGCAAGCUUUCCGGUGUCAACCGCUUUACAAAAAGAGUCUACUGUGCUCCAUGAUAUUGCGAACUGGUAUUUGUUACAAAUAGUUACAUUAUCGUAAUUAUAAACACUGGUUUGUAGCGUGUUUUUUUUUUUUAGUUUACUGCACUGUAUUAAAAGUUAUUUACCUACAGUGGCUAAUGAAGAGGAAGUCGCACAUUCACAGUAAAUGGUUUUUGCGUUUAAAAAUAAGGUGGACCGUUGACGCCAUCGCGCAGCCUUUCAAGCUAUAUUUCAUUUAUUAGCAUUUGUUAGUGUGUGUGAACACAGACUAGAAAGAUUAAAACUUAUCUAGUGUCUGUGCCAUUUCUCUCCAGAAGUUAUCCAUCUUAUUUUUAACGCGAGUGCGUGGCCAUUUGUAAAUAUGCAAGGCUUCCAGUGUCGAUCACUUCCAGUUAUUUUAUCUGUACAAAAAGUGGCAUUAUGCUGCUUAAUAUUCCAAACUAAUGUUUUAUAUUAUUUAAAUAUUAUCCAUAAACACUGGUUUGUAACGCAAAUCGUUUUACCGUUUACUGCACUUUAUUCUUCUGGUUUACACCGAAGCAAAUAAAGCAGAAGUUUCACACAUUCACAGAAAACGGCUUACUUUAGAGUUGCAAAACGUUCCGUAUUAUGGGUUUCUUUUGAACUAUGAAGCAAUAGGCCGGGUUAGUGUUGCCACCUUGUAGACAAAAUAAUUAGUGCAAAAAAAUUGGAAAAUCUGCAUUAGGAGGUAUAUUGUUGUUGGAGACCAGAGCUUUUCGUCUAAUUUAAGUUGCGUUGUAACAUUCAUGCGUAGUUUAAUUUAUGUUAAGCAGGAAACAAAACAUUAAUACCACAAAAGACAGAACUUGGUAGAGCUCAUGUUAGAUCAGUGCUUCUGUUGCCACAAUGAGAUUUCAUGGUACAUCAAGAUUUCUCUCUUUCAGCAGUAGCU